AUGGAGGGCCCAACCGGUGAUCGCAUCACCUCGCCCGUGACCCAUCGGUCGAACGACACGAGUGGCGUCUUCGAGGUGGCGCUCCAGAAUGUCUCCACGGAGCGCAAGCCUCAGUUCGAGGGUGUGGAGCUGCUGCAGUCCUUCAAAGUGCUCAUCAUCCCCUGCUACACUCUGGUGGCCCUGGUGGGCGUCGUCGGCAACUACCUGCUCCUGUACGUCAUCUGCCGCGCUCGCAAGAUGCACAACGUCACCAACUUCUUCAUCGGGAACCUGGCCUUCUCCGACAUGCUCAUGUGCGCCACGUGCAUCCCCUUCACUCUGGCCUACGCGCUCAACCCACACGGGUGGGUGUUUGGCCGCUUCAUGUGCUACCUGGUUUAUCUCAUCCAGCCGGUGACCGUGUACGUGUCAGUUUUCACCCUCACCGCCAUCGGGGUGGAUAGGUACUACGCCACAGUGCAUCCUCUGAAGAAGCGCAUUUCAGUCUUGGCAUGCACCUACUUGCUGUCCGCUAUCUGGCUGCUGUCCUGUGCUCUGGUGGCUCCUGCUGUGGCUCACACCUACCAUGUGGAGUUCCAAAACGAGGGCUUCACCAUCUGUGAGGAAUUCUGGAUGGGUCAGGAGAGGGAGCAUCUGGCCUACGCAUACAGCACUCUCUUCAUCACCUACGUGCUGCCUCUGUCUGCCCUCUGCAUCUCCUAUCUGUGUAUCUCUGUCAAACUGAGGAACUGUGUGGUUCCAGGCUACCGCACUCGGAGCCAGGCCGAGGCUCAGCGCAUGCGCAAACGCAAGACCUUCCGCCUGGUGAGCCUUGUGGUGGCCGCUUUUGGCAUUUGCUGGAUGCCCAUCAGCGUGUUCAACGUGCUGCGUGACAUUGACAUUGAUCUGAUUGAUAAGCGCUACUUCCUGCUCAUUCAGUUGCUCUGUCACCUUUGUGCUAUGAGCUCGUCCUGCUGUAAUCCUUUCCUGUACGCUUGGCUCCACGACCGCUUUCGUACAGAGCUCCGCAAAAUGAUGGUGUGCCGCCGGCGUAUCGGCAUUGCCGCCAACAACGGCGCCACCGCAAGUGUUGUGCUCUGAAAGACGCUUCAGAAAUUACUUCGGGAAAGUAAGACAAAUCACUGUGGGGACGGGACUAGGGUCCUCCAACUUUUUGGGUUUAGG